AUGGCCUUCCUAGCUGCCGCAGACGCAGACUUUUGCUUCAACCUGUUCAGAGAGAUGGACAGCAAUCAAGGAAGUGAAAAUGUGUUCUUUUCCUCUCUGAGCCUCUUCACUGCCCUGGCCCUGGUUCGUUUGGGUGCAAGGGGUGACUGUGCUUCUCAGAUUGAUAAGGUGCUUCACUUUAAUACCUUCUCAGGACACGGGCACUCUGCUGAUACUCAGCCAGGACUCCAAUCUCAACUGAAAAGAGUUCUGUCUGAUAUAAACACAUCCCACAAGGAUUAUGAACUCAGCAUUGCCAAUGGACUUUUUGCAGAAAAAGUAUUUGAUAUUCGAAAGGACUAUAUUGAGUGUGCUAAGAAAUUAUAUAAUGCCAAAGUAGAAAGAGUUGACUUUACAAAUGAUGUGGAAGACACCAGAUAUAAAAUUAACAAAUGGAUUGAAAAUGAGACCCAUGGCAAAAUCAGGGAUGUCUUUCAUGAAGGUACCAUAGGCUCAUCUGCUGUGAUGGUGCUGGUGAACGCUGUGUACUUCAAAGGCAAGUGGGAGUCAGCCUUCACCAAGAGCCAGACACAAAAUUGCCAUUUCAGAUCCCCCAAGUGUCCUGGGAAAGCAGUGGCCAUGAUGCAUCAAGAACGGAAGUUCAAUUUGUCUGUCAUUAAAGAUCCAUCCAUGCAGGUUCUUGAGCUCAGAUAUCAUGGUGGUAUAAGCAUGUACAUAAUGCUGCCGGAUAAUGACCUAUCCCAAAUUGAAAACAAACUGACUUUUCAGAAUCUAAUGGACUGGACCAACCCAAGAAAAAUGAAAUCUCAGUAUGUCGAAGUGUUUCUACCUCAGUUCAAGAUAGAGAAGAAUUAUGAAAUCAAGCACUACUUAGAAGCCCUAGGGCUGAGAGAUAUCUUUGAUGAAUCCAGAGCUGAUCUCUCUGGUAUAGCAGCAGGAGGCCGUCUAUAUGUAUCAAAACUGAUGCACAAGUCUUACAUAGAGGUCACCGAGGAGGGCACAGAGGCCAGUGCUGUCACAGGGAGCAACAUCGUAGAAAAGCAGCUACCUGAGUCGAGUGUGUUCCGAGCUGAUCACCCAUUCCUAUUUAUAAUCAGGAAGGAUGACAUCAUCUUGUUCAGUGGCAAAGUCUCUUGCCCUUGA